AUGCCACCAAAGGGAUGGAGAAAAAAUGCUGAGGGAAAUUACCCACAUCAAAAGAAUCUGGAUGUUACAUCAAUAGAUGAGAUACUUUUUCCUCGUGCAACAGUUCAGAAAUUAGCAAAGGGGAUUUUAAACUCCACUGAUGAAACCGAAGCUAACGUCAUAAUGGCUAGAGAUUCCGUGUUGGCACUCCAAAGAUCAGCCACGGUAUUUGUAUCCCAUUUAUUAUUCCAUGCUCGUCAAAUUUCUAAAACUGAUGAUCGGAAAACAAUCAAUGUUCAAGAUAUACUAUAUGGAAUAGAACGGGCUGAUUUCCCAGGAUUUCUCCCUGAAGUCAAGCAAAAACUUGGAACUUUUGAACAACAAAGACAAAACAAGAAGACCAGGAAAAUUGUAACACAAGAAGCAAACGGAGAUGAACAAGAACCGUCAGUUAAAAGAGCAAAGGACAACGAUUCGAAUGCAUUGGAAAGAGGAGAUGAAGAUGAAGAAGAAGAUGAAGAAGUUGAAGAAGUGGAGGAAAUUGAAGUCGAAGAACCAGAAAAGAAUGGAGAUGACGACUUACCAGUUGUAGACGAAGACGAAGUUGAGGAAGAAGAAGAUGAGGCAAUUAGAACACAGAAUCCAAUUUCACUCUUGGAAAGAGAAGAAAAGGAACUUCAAGGUGACAAUGAGAGUGAGACCAAUGAAGUGGAAAAUGAAGAUGAUGAAGAGGAAGAAGAAGAAUGA